AUGGAUCCUAACGUGGAAUUAAUAAUUUUAAAUGAACCACCUGCUGCUAAAUUAAAUUACAAUAACAUUUUUAAUGAGUCUGUACCAACACGAAUAAUUGAAUUGAGUGAUUAUAAAACAAAAUUAGAACUUCGACGAGAGUUUAAUUUAGACCAUUAUGAGAUUGAAAAUAGAUCUGUAGAAUUUUCAUCCAAUAAAAUAAAUAAUAAUCCUACAAAAACAAUAUUUGAUAUGGGUAAUAAUGUUGUCUUACCAAAAUUACCUGCCGGUACAAUAAUUAUCAAGACUGCACAAAUUCAGCGAACUCCAUUACGAAGCGCGAGAAAAAAAAGUGACGAUAAUUUUACUCGGCUGAGACUUUUAUCAACGAAACGACGUGGCCGUCAUAAUGAUGGGGGAGUCAGUAAGAAACAAUUAAAACGAACUGAUAUACCUUAUAUGAAUACCAGAUCAAUAACUAAAAAAUUAUAUAAUAUUGGAGCAACUUAUCAAGCGCCUACGGUUAAUGAUGAAAUGGAGUGGAAAGAAUGGCCAGUGCACGGAAUGCACGAUAGACCAAUUUAUCAUCCUCAAGUAGGACUGGGGACAGAAUUUAUUGGCCGUUGUUUUGUUAACGUAGACAAUAGAUGCUAUAAACAAGUUUUACACUCAUCGAAAAUUGGGUUAAACGUAGUGAAUAAUGAUAACUCUCGACACAAUAAACGAAGAAGUUAUUCAUAUGAGAAAAAAAAUAAAAUUAAAGAAGAUAAAACAUUUGCUGACUAUAUGCAUGACAGUUUGCAUUACGUGUUGGCUUACUGCGCUCAAAUAAUGACCCCACAGUACCGAAAAUUAAUUACUGAACAUUCAUUAGUUGAAGAAUAA